UUGCCUGAACGACCUGAAUAAGAGGACCCUUAUGAAAUGCAUAAAUGGAAGUGGAGUUUAAAGAAGGCAAAGAAAACUAAUCGUGAGCUGCAUGCUGAGAGAUGUGACACUGAGCUCAAACUCUCGGUUGCUCGUAAAAUGAGAGAGGAGGAUGGAUUUUAUUACCCUCACAAUUUAGAUUUCCGUGGGCGUGCAUGCCCUAUGCAUCCUCAUUUGUGUCACCUAGGUUCAUAUCUUUGUCGGGGUGUUCUAGAGUAUGCUGAAGGGCGGCCACUAGGAAAGUAUGGGUUGUGCUGGUUGAAGAUACACUUGGCUAACAAAUAUGGUGGUGGCAUUGAAAAGCUUUCUCACGAGGGCAAGCUAGCUUUUGUGGAGAACCAACUGUUUGAUAUAUUUGAUUCAGCAGCAAAUCCUGUUGAUGGGAACUGCUGGUGGACGAAUGCCGAGGAUCCCUUUCAGUGUUUAGCUGCAUGCAUGGACCUUUCUGAUGCCUUAAGAAGUCCAUCACCUUACCAUGCUGUCUCUCACCUGCCUAUUCAUCAGGAUGGUUCAUGCAAUGGUUUACAACAUUAUGCCGCUCUUGGAAGGGACUAUGUAAGUGUGUUCAACUUUAGAAUUCUGUUCAGCCUUUCAUCCUUUUAUUAUUAUGCACCUCAUGAUGUGGUUUAGGGUUUGGUCGGGUCG